GUCACUUCAAAGUUUAUUGGAAUAAUAUAUUUCUUUAAAUAUUAGUAAUUCUAUAAAAACAAUUCUCAUCACGAAAAUUGCUUUAGUAAUUGAUGAUGUUAUGAGGAAAUAUAUUAGAUUGAAACGUAUGUAAACUAUCCACAUUUCUAUUCGAAUUGAACAACAGGGUUAUGAGGCUCCAAUUUCGAAGUCUCGUUAUUCAUAAAUAUUUUUUCAAUAUUUUUUGUAUAAUUUAUAUAUUACAUGAUGGCUGAAAAAUGUAAGGAAUGUGGCUGCAAAUGUCUGGGCUGUAAUCAAAAUGAUCAGCAACAUGGAGAAAUGCAUUUGCAUGUAGAAAUAGAAAAUUUACGUCAACGUUUAUUAGAAAGAGAUAAUCAUAUUGUAACAAUGGAGACACAGUUUUUAAAUGAAGCUGACAAGUUCCCAAAUGGAGAAUUAGCCUCUAUGAAGGAAGAACUUUUAAUUUGGCAAGAAAAAUAUUCAAGAUUAUAUGAGGCUCAUAAACGUGUUCAGAAAGUAAAUCAAAAUCUUGAAGAUAAAUUAUUGAGGAUUGUAGAUAAAUGUGAAACAGAAAAAAGUGCAUUUACUAAGGAUAUUGCAACUUUAUCUCAUAGAUUAGCUGAUGCAAAUUAUACUAUACAUCGUUUAACUCAAGAUAAUGAAAAAUAUAGGAAUGAUGUAAACUUGGCAAUACAACUUCUUCAAUGUAAACCUUCUAAUUUUGUUGGACAAAAAUAUGAUUCUUUACCUUCCGAAGUACAAGCCAAAGUUAGGACAUAUAUUGCACAAAAGAAACAUUCUAAUGAUACUACAUCUCCUGAUAUAAAAAGUAUCACAGUACCAAUUUCAACAUUUCCUCCAACAGCAAUGGUAUAUAAUGUAACUAAAUCUGUUGAAAAUAAUAGUAAUGAUGAAACAGAUGAAUCUAAACCACCAGUGGAUGUUGUCUCGGCAGCGAUAAUGGCGAAAGUUUUAGAAGAUCGAGAAAAAGAAAGAGUAUUUGGAAAGCAUUGUGAUACAUGUACUUGCCAUAGAAGUAUUUUAAUGGUCGAUGCUGAAACUCAAACUAACAUGCCAAAUGUUUUUUCUUGUAAUGAAUGUACAACAAUAUAUGCACAAAAUGUAGAGAAACAUUCUGAUAAUUUAAAAAAUAUUGAUAAAAAUUGUCAAAAUAAAGGAAGUCAAAAUUCAUUGGUACAUGUAAUCUAUCAUGAGGGAAAUGAAAGUGUUAGUAAUAAAGUACAGUAUCAGAAUAAUUGUACAAAGAAUAGUAAUCAUCAACAAUUAUGCACAAAAGAUAAAUUUUUAAAUAGAAAUAGUAAAAUUAUAGACAGUUUAAAAGACGAUAAUCGUGUAAAUGUUAAUACAAAACUUAAUUUUAAUAAAAAAAAUUCAUUGCGUCAUAAUGAUAUCGUCAAUACGUCACAACAUCAAAAUAUAUAUCAAAAUCAAAACGAAAAUACGACUAAACAGGUAAUAUCUUAUAAAAUUAAUGAUACAUGUGUUAAUGGUAAAACAAAUGUUGAUAAAGGAAAACAAACGAAACUAAAUAAAAAAUGUGAAUUACAAAUUGAUGGUAAAUUUAAUCCAAAUUCUUGGAAUAAAUUGGAUAAGAAAUCUUCUAAUUGUAGUCGUAUAGUUCCUGAAAAUUGUAAAAAUUACUUUGAUAGAAAAGAGCAGAGUCACAUCGAUAUUAUUAACGAUAGAUUAUGGAAAAAUGAAUGGACGAGACUAAAAUCACAGACUAACAAAGAAAGUAAAGAUAAAGUUAACAGUGAUAUUGAGAUUGAUAUAAUUAAUGAUAGGAUUUGGAAAAAUGAUAGAUCAACUCAAGAAACACAACAACAUGCAACGCAAUUAACUUUAAUAGAAGUUAAGAAUAUUGAUAAUGUUGCACAUCAAAAUGAUUCUGGACAAAUAGAAGUGGCCACUAGUCCAACUUUUAGUAGCGAUAGUAUUGUAAUUUCAACUUCCGAUCCUUCCAGUAGUUCUAGUGAUGUCGUUCAAUUAACUGGAAUGCGUGUGCAUAAUGCAUUAGGUAAUUUGAAACCUAAUACGCAAAAUAGAAUAACUGGUCCAAGGAAUUGUCUCGUUAGAGUAACACCUGGAUCGAAGAAUAUUCUUUUAGAUAAUGCUGGUCAUUAUAAAACUGUGUUAUAUACUAGUGGAAAUAAUAAACCAAAUACCGCUUUAGUUCAUUCGAAAAAAAUGUCUCGAUCUGGAUCUGAAAGAUCAAUUUCAACUAGUAGCGAAGAAAGCACACCGAUGUUGUUACAUGACAAUAACCAAUUACAAAGAGUAGCCGAAUGGGUUCAAUCAUCGGUUCACAUGGAUAAUUCUGGAUCAAAUUACACGGAAUUAAAGCCAAAUGAAAACAUAAUAGAUAAUAAAAGUCUUUCUUUAACAUAUUUAGACGAGUCCCAAACAAAUUGCAAAUCAAUUGAAAAUAAUCGAGAAUCAUAUGAUAAUUCUUCAGAAAAUAAAUGCAACAGUUUGAUAAUGGAUAUUCAAGAAUUUGGAAUCAGAAAUUUAAAUAAUGCUGUAAAUAAUUUUUCAUUGGAUGUAAAUAAUACUGAUUUAGAAAAAGAGAAAGAUUUAAUAUCUUUCGAUAUUCCAAUUGAAGAAGAGAAAGUUUUGCCUAAAACAUUAAAAAAAGGAGUCACUGCAGAUUUUGAUUACGAAGUCAAGAUUACUAAAGAAAUGGAAGAAACUUAUUUAAAACUUGCAGCAAGUUUAGAUCCUGUGGCAUUAAGCUUAUCGAGCACGGAUAACGUGGAUUUAACGAUUGAAAAGUAUAGGAAAGAUCACAAGAGAUUUCAAAAGAAUCAUGAUAAAACGGGAUCAAAAAUGUAAAGUAUACCAGCAAAUAUUUCAAAAAAAUUAUUACUAUUUCAGCAGGGAGUUCCUUUAAAAAUAAAACAGAGCAUUAUUUUUUGUAACUACGUGAAACUAAGGCUGUACCAAGAACAGUAGCGUAGAGUAAAACAUUCUAUAUUCACACAUACACUAUAUUGCAGUUGUAGAAUCAUAUUUAUUUAAUUUGUAUAGCUAAUAAUAAUAAUAUCGUAAUAUUUUUGUUUUGUGAAUAAAAAUUGAAUUUCAUAGCAAUUAUGCAAUAUUGCUAGAUAGAAUAUUAUUUA